GCCUGUGCUGCCUGGUGCGCGGCGAGCAAGGCUACGGCUUCCACCUGCACGGCGAGAAGGGCCGCCGCGGGCAGUUCAUCCGGCGCGUGGAGCCCGGCUCCCCGGCCGAGGCAGCCGCGCUGCGCGCGGGAGACCGCCUGGUCGAAGUCAACGGCGUCAACGUGGAGGGUGAGACGCACCACCAGGUGGUGCAGAGGAUCAAGGCUGUGGAAGGGCAGACUCAGCUGUUGGUGGUGGACAAGGAGACGGACGAGGAGCUGCGCCGGCGGCAGCUGACCUGCACAGAGGAGAUGGCCCAGCGAGGGCUUCCACCUGUGCAUGACCCCUGGGAGCCAAAGCGGGACUGGAUACAUGCAGGCAGCCUCAACUCCGAGGCUGGCCAGAAGGAUGUCAAUGGGCCCCCAAGGGAGCUGCGCCCUAGGCUCUGCCACCUACGAAAGGGCCCCCAGGGCUAUGGGUUCAACCUGCACAGUGACAAGUCCCGGCCAGGACAGUACAUCCGCUCUGUGGACCUGGGCUCACCUGCCGCCCACUCUGGCCUCCAAGCCCAGGACCGACUCAUCGAGGUGAAUGGGCAGAAUGUGGAGGGGCUGCGCCAUGCAGAGGUCGUCGCCAGCAUCAAGGCGCGGGAGGACGAAGCGCGGCUGCUGGUGGUGGACCCUGAAACGGAUGAGUACUUCAAGCGGCUGCGGGUCACACCCACUGAGGAGCAUGUGGAAGGUCCACUGCCAUCACCAGUCACCAACGGGACCAGCCCUACCCAGCUCAAUGGUGGCUCAGCGUGUUCAUCUCGAAGAGAUCUGCCUGGCUUAGACAAGGACAAUGAGGAUGGCAGCACCUGGAAGCGAGACCCCUUUCAGGAGAGUGGCCUCCACCUGAGCCCCACGGCAGCUGAGGCCAAGGAAAAGGCGAGAGCUACCCGGGUCAACAAGCGGGCACCACAGAUGGACUGGAACCGAAAGCGUGAGAUCUUCAGCAAUUUCUGAGCCCCUCCCUGCCUGUUUGCUGGACCUGGGCCUUCUCCCCGCAUGGACCUUGGGCCUCGCCCCUCGGGCCUAGAGCUUCCCAAACCUCAGUGGACUGGAGAGGGUGCAUCUACCACCAGCCAGGAACCAGCCCGCGCCCCAGUGAGUCCACCUCCUGGCCCCCUACUGGUGGGUGCUAGGGGAGCAUGGCAGCAAGACUGGGAGAGAGAGCCCCCGAUAUGUGAGACAGUGAGAGAGAGAGAGAGGAGAGGGAGAGGCAGCCGUGACCCAAGGGGCCGGGCCUUUGUUGCUCUGCCUGGGCCUGCUGACUUAAAGGAAUUUGUGGUUUUGCUUUUUUUCAAAAAGAGCUCUAGUUCCACACAUGUUUCCACUUAAUACCAGAGUCCUCCCCCCCUCCUCCUAAGACACGCUCUCUAAAUAAUUGCAAUAAAACAAACCUUUCUUGGCAAACCAUUUCCUCACCACUCCCUCCCCCUCAGCAGCAGCUAUCCUGGGUGGGAGUCUCAGAGACUUCCUGAGACAGAGUGAGGGGAAGGCCCAGGCUGUUUGUGGGAGCUUCAGGUGAGGCUGGGGAGGCCAGAUGUGGCUGUAGAAGCUUCUCCUCAGCCAUGCCUUUGCUUUCUCUGGUAUUUGGGGGAAGGUCUUUAGGUCAGGCUCCCUGUGUCUCUGCCAUACCAGGGAUCUGGGGGCAGAGCCUGGGCUCUUCAAGGGGCCAGAGGAUGGAGGCCCCUCUGCCCCUGAAGAGGGCAGCCUCUGGAUAGGCCCUUUGUUCCUGUGCCGCAGCCCCCAGGCCUGGGAAGGGGGGCUGUGCGAGAGCCUCUCCCAGGAGGGGCUCCAGGCUUUAGGCUCAGCCACUGCCUGGAGCCCUCCCCCAGGAGACUCUACCAACUCUGCCCUGAACCCCACCAACAUUGUCGUCUGCCCUGUAAGCCAUAGCGCAUGUGCGCCCUUGGAAUAAACAGGCCUUCCUCAUA